AUGAUAGAAGAACAAGAGAAGAUGGGUUUACUUUCUGAUACAAUCACAACAAACCAAGAAUUUCUGACCAAUACAAGUGAUACAUGGAUCAUGAGAAAUACCCUUGAGAGGUUUUAUAGCUGGAAGGGGUCUAAUCCUGAAAAUGAAAUUACUAAAGCUAAACAUUGGAUGCUACACGGUUAUCGGACAGAACGAGGUGGUCUUCAAGGAUUUGACCUAGCUGAAAGUGAAACUGAGAGAAGGGCCAGUAGACUGUAUUCAGGUCUGACACCUUAUCUCCAGGCAUACAUGAAAGCAACUGCUUUGUCGUAUCGCUGUGACGUGUUUCAAUUUACUCCGCGCGCGGGGACUGAGCAUGUCCCCGCUGUAUAA